AUGAGGAUUCCGAGAGGAAACAAACAAACUGGGUUGAUUACUCUUGAUAGUCUUAAGAUUUUGACAUCAAGGAGUCAAAGAUCAAUUCUUUCCAAGGCAAUUGAGAGAAUUUCAAAAGCUCGAACAGCCAUGGAAUUCUACGAGGUUUUCAGUUUUGUGGGAAUUCUGAGGGAAUCCAUCACACUGCUAUCUAAAAAUGGGAAGCUUAAGGCCUUCGUAACCACACUCUCCCUCCUCCUUUACACACUUUUCUUCUUCUUGAACAUCUUCUCCGUCAAACCCUUGAUCUUUGAUUUGGUUGAGGUAGUGUCUGGUGGCUCUGAUUUGAUCACGCUGAUGGCUCAUGUCAAAGAUGAUCUCGGAAUCCUCCUAGUAGUCGAAUAUAUUUUCAUUUGUGCUACCUUAGCUCUUGCACUAUAUACUACAACCGCAACCAUUUUCAUAUCAGCCACCUCUUACUGCAGCACGACCAUGUCAAUCAAGGAUUUGGUCUUGAAGGUGGCAAGAUCAUGGAAAAGGCCAUUCAUCACUGGUUUUUACACUACCCUUCUUGGAAUAGGAUACAUUUCAGUUUUAAUGGUCACAACGCCAACAAUAUUGAUGAUUUCUGAUAAUCUAAUCGCCUCUAAAGCAAUUGUAAUCAUCUUUGCAAUUUUGGGUGCAAUUCUCUCUCUCCCAUUAACCGCGAUUUGUGUAUUAGCCUUGGUGAUUUCGGUGAUGGAAGAGGACUGUUAUGGAAUUGAGGCACUAGGAAAAGCUGGAAAGCUUGUUAAGGGCAAUAGGGUGCAGUGCUUUAUUCUGAGUCUUUUAUUUAUGGUGGCGGCAUUGAUUUUGUACCAGUGUUUCAGGGUAGUGAAAAAUGAUGAACUGCUUGGGACUUCAACAAUACUUAUCGGGUUGUUUCGGAUAUAUUCUCUAUAUUUGGUGAACAUGUUCCAAUUCAUGACAUAUACUGUGGUAUACUUCCGGUGUAAGAAGAACCAUGGUGAAGAGAUGGAAUUGCAGUGGAGCACUGCCCCCGACUACAUGAUGAUAAAAACUACACUACUUGAUAAUAAGGAUACACCAUGA